AGUCACAAGUAAAUCCAUCAGAAAAUGCUGAUUGUAUUUUAUAUGCUGCUGGGCUUCAGAGCUGGUCGAUGCACUGAUUAUGUGUUUUUUGGAACGAAGACUAUUGGUGUUGGAGAAAAUGUGACCCUGACAUGUGAACGCCCGACAUCUGAAUAUGAAGCAACCUUGUAUUGGAUCAGGAUUGUUUCUGGAAGCUGGCCUGAAUUCUUGGGAGGAACAUUUACCUUUGAUUAUGACGGUGUUAACACCACUCCUCACAUUACAGCAAAGCAAGAACCUGGAACCUUUAUUCUGGAAAUAAGUCAAACUAGGCUAAGUGACACUGGUCUUUAUUACUGCAUAAAAGUGGACCAACUGGACAUGGAAUUUUUAAAUGCAACAUUUUUAAAAAUUAAAGGGCCAGAGACAGCUAUCACUGACAUCAUUCAGAUGCCUCAAUCUGGUCCCCUCCAUCCGGGAAACCCAGUGACUCUGCAGUGUUCAGUCCUCUCUAACCCAGAGAACAGUGCAUGUCCUGGAAAUGACAGUGUGUUUUGGUUCAGCACUAGAUCUGAUAACUCUCACCCCAACUUGAUUUAUGCUGAUGGAAACAGUGAUAAAUGUGAGAGGAGUCCAGAGGCUUCCUCCACACAGAAAUGUGUCUACAGCUUCUCCAAGAAUGUCAGCUCCUCUGAUGCCGGGUCGUACUACUGCGCUGUGGCCACAUGUGGACAUAUAAUUUUUGGAAAUGGAAUAAAACUGGAUGUUAAAGGACUCAACAUGUGGGACUUGCAAAAGGCCAAUACAGUUCUAUUUAUAUUAUGUGCUGCUUUGGCUACAAGUCUGAUCGUUAUAGCCUUCCUGAUUUAUACCAUCAAGAAGAAAACAUCCAGUUGUUGGUGUGAUGUUGGGACAGGGAGUGGUGAUCAGCAGAGUCAGCAGGUAAGGUAAACUGAAAACAAAGAAAAAUAUAAAGUCAAUGGUACAUUUUACUCUUGAAUGUUUGUUUUUUGUUUUUUUUACUCAGACAGUAGUGGUUUACUCUGCACCAAACAUCACUUCGAGGAAAAGCAGCAAAUUACCACAAAGGAGUGAAAAAGCAGCAGAGGGGGGGACAGUCUGAUGUCAGUGCUUCUGCAGUCGAGUAACUGCUGUUAUUAGGGUUUACUAUAUUUUUUAUGACAAAUGCAAGUGUGAAAUGCAUUUCAAGCUCCAUCGUGGGUUUUAUUUAA